CAGGUAUUUCCGUCAUUCCAGUGGUGGAUCUAUAAGGAAUCUUGUUUAACGUCCGCUUUAUAGGUUGGCCAUGGUGGUUCUACUAUGUUGACGUAUUUAUUAUAGCUUCCCAUUUCGGUGUCUGUACAUUUUUCAGCGGAUAUUACGGCCAACGAAGAGAGAUUCCAGGCUCACAACCACCGGACUGGCGUGAACGUACCAGAGACGGCAUCAUGUUCAUGGUCAUUGAAUUUGUUGUUGCGGUGUCCGCCUUAGCGUAUGGAAUAUGGCUUAUACCCAUUUACAUGGGCUUGUCAAAUGAGAUGCGGAUGCUCUGGCGUUUUACAGUCCAUCCGAUUUAUUGGGAGGCCAUCGUCAAGCUUGCAGCCCGACAUCUUCUGAUCAGCAAGGCUGGUGAUAAGCUGAGCGUCCUGGAUACUCUUGCAAUGGCACAUGCACAGUCCCAUCUUAUCAUAAUGCAAGCGAGCAUGGUUACUACCGUAAACACGUUUCUAAAUACAUUGACCACCAUUUUGACGGUUCAUGUCGGGCGGGUUUUUUGGCGUUCAACCGAUGUUGCUCGUACUCGGAUUUUUUAUCGGCUGUUCCUUCGGUUCGUCGCGACCACCGAGGACAAGAAGGACGUACCGCAUACCGAAAAAGGAUAUCUGGAGGUAUACAAGUAUCUUUUGGCCGUCGAGACUAUGACCGAGAUUCUUCUGGAAAACAGUGCAGUCAUGUUUCUAUCCACAACUGGCCUUUUGUUCCGCAACUAUACAAACGCAUUUUGGUUUAACCAAAGCGAAAUCGUGUUUGAGUGGUAUCACGCACCGCUGGUCGUCACUAUCCAAAUUGUCGGAGCCUUUAUCUUUGAUCUCAUUACCAUAUACAUUAACUCGCGAUACACCAUCGGAUACAGAAACGGGUCUAAUAUACCUCUGUUACGUUCAUGGAGGGAGAUUUGGGCUUACAAGUGGCGGUUCAUUGGGUUUUCUGGUACAGUGUUUUUAUGACAUUUGGGCGUAUGACUUUGGCUAACAGUUACAGGAUGUAGCUUACUCUUUAUUGACAAUGGGAUUUAUUGCUCAGGUCUAUAUGAUGUCACGAGUCCCACGGGCGAUAUUUUGUUCAAGUCCAUGGGACAUCUGUUCAUGCACAUUCAAGGACGUGCACAUGCGUGCUAUGUGCCCACCGUAGGGGUGCACCAUGCCGCUCAUCCCUGGAAUUCAUCUGGGGAUGCGUGUAUAUUCUUUCAAACAUUUUGCUGUUCUUUCAUUUUUUAUUUAUAAUUUGAAGACGAGAGAGUUAACAUUGGUGGAUCGAGGAGAUGCCUUGGCGCUGGAGCUUGAAGGAUCAGAGGUAGUGAUCACAUUUUCGUUUCCUAAAGGUCCGCAAUGUGCAAUGGAGUAUAUCAAUAGUAUUUAUUGGAAGAUGUUAUAGCAGUGAUCUUUAACAAUAUCUCGUUUAAAUUCAAUUCAAGC